AUUGAGAAGACAGAAGAGAUCCAUCACCAAUUCCAACAGGUUUUGACUGAAAUAAGCAAACUCACUAAUGAUUAUGAACUGAACUUAGCCAACAGGCUGUUUGGAGAAAAAACAUUCCUCUUCCUUCAAAAAUACUUAGAUUAUGUUGAAAAAUAUUACCAUGCAUCUCUGGAACCUGUUGAUUUUAUAAAUGAAGCUGAUGCGCGAAAGAAGAUUAAUUCCUGGGUUGAAAGUCAAACAAAUGAAAAAAUCAAGGACCUGUUUCCAGAUGGCUCUCUUAGUAGCUCUACCAAGUUGGUGCUGAUAAACACAGUUUAUUUUAAAGGACAGUGGGAUAGGGAGUUUAAUAAAGAAAAUACCAAGGAAGAAGAAUUUUGGCUGAAUAAGAAUACAAGUAAGUCUGUGUGGAUGAUGGAACAGCACCAUUCUUUUAGUUUCGUUUUCCUGGAGGACUUGGAGGCCAAAAUCGUGGGGAUUCCGUAUAAAAACAAUGACCUCAGCAUGUUUGUGCUUCUACCCAACGACAUAGAGGGUCUGGAGAAG